GGUUCUUCUCAACCAGACUGUUUUCGUGUUUCUCGGCGAAACCAUGGCAGACCGCGGCUCUGAUCUGUCCGCCCUGCCGAAGGAGGUUAGAGACCAGUUGGCGGAGUUGGAUCUGGAGCUGUCUGAAGGUGACAUCACACAGAAGGGCUAUGAGAAGAAAAGAGCCAAGCUGUUGGCCGCCUACAUCCAAUAUUUGCCAAAGGCAGACCUUUCUCUGCCAGAUGUACAGCUUUCUCCAAGCCACAGUGCCGACCCCAGCCCAAGUCCUGAGGCCCCAGGCCCGUCCAACUCUUCAGCCUCCAGACGCCAUCGUGCGCACCGCAGUGGAGGGGCCAGGGAUGAGCGUUACAGAUCAGAUAUUCAUACAGAAGCUGUGCAGGCAGCUCUGGCCAAACAUAAAGAAGAGAAAAUGGCACUUCCCAUGCCGACCAAGAGACGCUCAGCUUUUGUCCAGUCUCCCAAUCACUGCACACCUCCAGAUACGCCCUCUGCAUCAGAGGAUGAAGGCUCACUGCACAGAAAAGCAGCUCUCAGUGCAGCGCUCGCUCAGACCUUGCAGAGCCCUGAUUACUGGAUCAAUCGCUCCGUCCAAAGCUCUUCCACAUCUUCGUCUGCUUCCUCCACCCUCUCCCAUGGAGAUCCAAAGAGCCAGCCCCAGCACCAGCCUGGUGUCUCAGUGUUAGCCGAUGUACUGGCCCACACACACAUAGAAAACAGUGUCCCCCCAGAUGUGACGUCCUCCACUCCACAGGAGAGAGGAUCCAGAGUGGAUCUUCCCCCAGCAGUCCGAGGCAUGAGUCGUGGACAGAGCCGCUCCAGCAUGCUGGAUACUGCUGAUGGCGUGCCUGUCAGCAGCCGAGUGUCCACCAAGAUCCAGCAGCUAUUGAACACGCUCAAACGGCCCAAAAGACCACCACUUAGUGAAUUCUUCCUUGAUGACUCUGAGGAAAUUGUAGAAGUUCCCAGACCAGAUCCCAACACCCCAAAGCCUGAAGGGCGUCAGAUCAUCCCAGUGAAGGGGGAGCCUCUGGGAGUGGUCAGUAAUUGGCCCCCUGCCUUGCAGGCUGCACUCGCUCGAUGGGGGGCCACCCAGGCCAAGAGCCCUGCCCUCACUGCGUUAGACAUCACUGGCAAACCCCUAUAUACACUGACAUACGGUAAACUGUGGAGUCGCAGUCUAAAGCUGGCUUAUACGCUGCUGAAUAAAUUGGGCACUAAGACUGAGCCUGUCCUACAACCUGGAGAUCGAGUGGCGUUAGUGUAUCCAAACAGUGACCCUGGAAUGUUCUGGGUAGCUUUUUAUGGCUGUCUGUUAGCCGAGGUCAUUCCUGUUCCUAUUGAGGUACCACUGUCUCGUCAGGAUGCAGGCAGCCAGCAGAUUGGCUUUCUGUUGGGCAGCUGUGGUGUGAGCUUGGCACUGACCAGUGAGGUGUGCCUCAAAGGGCUGCCCAAGACUCCAAAUGGAGAGAUCGUUCAGUUCAAAGGAUGGCCAAGGAUGAAAUGGGUAGUGACAGACACCAAGUACCUGACCAAGCCAUCCAAAGACUGGCAGCCUCACAUCCCUACUGCUAACACAGACACUGCCUACAUAGAGUACAAAGCGAGUAAAGAAGGAACUGUGAUGGGAGUUGCUGUUUCCAAGAUCUCCAUGUUGACACACUGUCAGGCCCUAAGUCAGGCAUGCAACUACUGUGAAGGUGAGACUCUGGUCAACGUGUUGGACUGCAAAAAGGAUAUGGGCUUGUGGCAUGGCGUCUUAACGAGUGUCAUGAACAGAAUUCACACCAUCACUGUGCCAUAUUCUGUCAUGAAAGCCUGUCCCAUGUCUUGGGUUCAGAGAGUUCACAUCCACAAAGCACGUGUGGCCUUGGUGAAAUGCCGCGACCUCCACUGGGCAAUGAUGGCCCACAAGGAUCAGAAGGACAUCAACUUGUCUUCUAUACGAAUGCUCGUAGUGGCUGAUGGAGCAAAUCCAUGGUCUGUGUCGUCCUGCGACGCCUUUCUAAACGUGUUCCAGUCUCAUGGCCUGAGGCCUGAGGUCAUUUGUCCAUGUGCCACAUCGCCUGAAGCCCUGACUGUGGCCAUACGCAGACCUGGUGCUCGUGGAGCUCCUCUUCCAGCCAGGGCCAUCCUGUCCAUGGGCGGACUGAGCCACGGGGUCAUCAGGGUCAACACAGAGGACAAGAACUCUGCUCUCACUGUGCAGGAUGUGGGCCACAUCAUGCCUGGAGCACUGAUGUGCAUCGUAAAACCAGACGGGCCUCCGCUGCUGUGCAAGACGGAUGAGAUCGGAGAGAUCGUGAUCAACUCUCGGGCUGGAGGCACAAUGUACUACGGCCUUCCUGGAGUCACCAAGAACACAUUUGAGGUGAUCCCUGUGAACCAGGCUGGAGCACCCAUUGGAGAAGUUCCCUUCGCUCGUACUGGUUUGCUUGGAUUUGUGGGACCGGGGAGUCUUGUGUUUGUUGUGGGGAAGAUUGAGGGACUCCUGAUGGUGAGCAGUCGACGUCAUAAUGCUGACGACUUGGUGGCCACUGCGCUGGCUGUGGAGCCUGUCAAAACAGUUUACAGAGGGAGGAUUGCAGUUUUCUCCGUGACAGUGUUUUAUGAUGAGAGGAUAGUUGUUGUGGCAGAACAAAGGCCCGAUGCCAGUGAAGAAGACAGCUUUCAGUGGAUGAGCCGAGUUCUUCAGGCCAUCGACAGCAUCCACCAGGUUGGCCUUUACUGCCUUGCUCUUGUCCCAGCCAACACCCUCCCUAAGACACCACUAGGGGGGAUCCACAUCUGUGAAACCAAGCAGAAUUUUUUGGAGGGUAAUCUGCAUCCCUGCAAUAUCCUCAUGUGUCCACACACCUGUGUUACAAACAUGCCCAAGCCUCGUCAGAAACAGCCAGUGGACGUAGGUCCUGCUUCCAUGCUGGUCGGCAACUUGGUGGCGGGGAAACGAAUCGCCCAGGCAACAGGCAGAGAACUGGGUGUGGUGGAGGAUCAAGAUCUCAUUCGAAAGCACCAGUUUUUGUCUGAAGCGCUGCAGUGGAGAGCUCAAACAGAUCCGGACCACGUUCUGUACGUGCUGCUCAAUGCCAAGGGCAUAGCAGUGUGCACAGCCACUUGUGCUCAGCUACACAAGCGAGCAGAAAAAAUCACGGCCACCCUGAUGGAAAGAGGAGGCCUCAACACAGGAGACAAUGUGGUGCUGCUUUAUCCCCCAGGUAUUGACCUGAUUGCUGCCUUCUACGGCUGCCUCUAUGCGGGGGUUAUCCCUGUGACAGUGAGGCCGCCUCACCCUCAGAAUCUGACUGCUACUCUCCCGACAGUCCGUAUGAUCAUCGAUGUUAGUAAAGCAGCUUGCAUCCUCACCACUCAGCCCCUCAUGAGAAUCCUCAGGUCCAGGGAGGCCGCUGCCAGCGUCAACGUCAAAACGUGGCCAACGAUCAUCGAUACAGAUGAUCUCCCCAGAAAGCGGCCUUCACACAUUUAUAAGCCUCCUACAGCGGAGAUGCUGGCCUACUUGGACUUCAGUGUGUCCACCACAGGCAUGCUGACUGGAGUCAAGAUGUCCCAUGCAGCAGUCAGCACUCUCUGCCGCUCCAUCAAGCUGCAGUGUGAACUCUACUCUUCGCGCCAAAUAGCCAUCUGCCUGGACCCGUACUGCGGCCUGGGCUUCGUCCUGUGGUGCCUCUCCAGUGUUUACUCAGGUCACCAGUCUAUACUUAUUCCUCCGCUGGAGCUGGAGACCUCGCUGCCUGUGUGGCUGAGCACGCUCAGUCAGUACAAGAUCAGAGACACCUUCUGCUCCUACUCCGUCAUGGAGCUCUGCACCAAAGGCCUGGGCACUCAGACAGAGAUGCUAAAGGCACGGGGUGUGAAUCUGUCGUGCGUGCGGAGCUGCGUGGUGAUAGCAGAGGAGCGGCCUCGUCUCGCCCUCACACAGUCCUUCUCCAAGCUCUUCAAAGACCUCGGCCUUUCACUGCGAGCAGUCAGCACAGCCUUCGGUUCCAGGGUGAACCUGGCAAUCGGCCUGCAGGGCACAUCUGGACCAGAUCCUUCCACUGCUUAUGUUGAUAUGAAGUCCCUGCGUCAUGACAGGGUGAGAUUAGUGGAAAAAGGAGCGCCUCAGAGUCUUCCACUCAUGGAGUCGGGCACUAUCCUGCCAGGAGUCAGGUGUAUCAUAGUCAACCCAGAGACCAGGGGCCCACUGGGAGACUCUCAUCUUGGGGAGAUCUGGGUGAACUCCCCCCACUGCGCCAGCGGCUACUAUACCAUCUAUGGAGAGGAAAGCCUGCAGGCAGAUCAUUUCAACACCAAACUCAGCUUCGGGGAUCCUCAGACCCUUUGGGCUCGGACGGGUUACCUGGGCUUCAUCAAAAGAACCGAGCUGCUGGAUGCAAGCGGAGAUCGCCAUGAUGCCUUGUUUGUGGUGGGCUCUCUUGAUGAAACCUUGGAGCUGAGGGGGUUGCGUUAUCACCCCAUUGACAUCGAGACGUCUGUGUCUCGAGCCCACCGCAGCAUCGCAGAGAGUGCUGUGUUCACCUGGACCAACCUGCUGGUGGUGGUGGCGGAGCUUAGCGGCUCGGAACAGGAGGCCUUAGACCUGGUGCCCCUCGUCACCAACGUGGUCCUGGAGGAGCACCACCUCAUCGUCGGGGUGGUGGUCAUUGUGGACCCCGGCGUGAUCCCCAUCAACUCCAGGGGAGAGAAGCAGAGGAUGCACCUGAGAGACUCCUUCCUGGCGGACCAACUAGACCCCAUCUACGUGGCCUACAACAUGUGAACACCUUCCAGAAACUGAUGCAGAAACCUGAGCCAGGAUCAGAGACGAGAGGGACGAGGACUUGGGAUGUGAACAGUAGCAACGUCAGCGCAAACCAUGUGGGAACGCAAAGACUGCACCAGUAGUGUAACGACAAAAUGCUUCCCUCUUGAGACUGCUCUUUGUUCACUUCCCCCUGCAGCCCCAGGUUCACCAAGAUUUCCAAGAACAAGGAUGAUUUUUCCCCCUCCACUUGAGAGGAAACUCAUCGUUCACCUGGAAGAAAUUAGAUGUUCAUCUGUUGUGUGAACCACUUACACAGCAGUGAAUCAUGUUUUCAAGUCUUUUUAUUCACACACUCUCCAUAAAGACAAAAGCCUCUCACUUUUUGGAUUCAUUUGCCCCCUGUUUUUAUUUGCUUUUUUGUACCUCUUUAUUCUUAAAGUCAGGGGGGACGCACUGGAACGUCCUCCUUGCCUUGCACGUCUUUGCACGUCUGGCUCCAUGUCCUGUUUCACCUGCCUCAAAAAGGAGAUCCCACUGCCCACAUCUGCUGCUUCUGCGAGAGCAAAUCCACAUCAGUAUUAAAAGUGCCACAAGCAAGUCCCCCUCCCACAGCGGUGAUGGUCCUGAUUUCUACCAGGUGCACACAGUGGCUCUCACCUCCACAGAGCACA